ACCAAUUUGAUACGGGAGAAUUAAGGCUGAAACCUCGGAGGAGCAACCACUUUUGAAGUGACUUCGCAGCGUGCGUUAGGUGCGGACUAGGUGGCCGCGGCCGGAGUGUGCGGGAGCCUGAGGUCCGCGCGCGCGGCUGAGAACCGCCGGGACCGCACGUGGGCGCCGCGCACUUCCCCCGCUUCCCAGGUGGGCGCGGGCAGCCAGCCCACCUCCCGCCCGGCCCCGGGGAUGCGCGCCCUCCUCGCCGCGCUGGGACUGCUGUUCCUGGGGGCGCUCCGAGCCUUCCCACAGGAUCGGCCCUUCGAGGACACCUGUCGUGGAAACCCCAGCCACUACUAUGACAAGGCUGUCAGGAGGUGCUGUUACCGCUGCCCCACGGGGCUCUUUCCGACACAGCAGUGCCCACAGAGGCCUGCUGACUGCAGGAAGCAGUGUGAACCUGACUACUACCUGGAUGAGGCCGGCCGCUGUACAGCCUGCGUGAGUUGUUCUCGAGACGACCUCGUGGAGAAGAUGCCGUGUGCAUGGAACUCCUCCCGUGUCUGCGAAUGUCAACCUGGCAUGUUCUGUGGCGUGUCUGCUGUCAACUCCUGUGCCCGCUGCUUCUUCCAUUCUGUCUGCCCAGCAGGGAUGAUUGUCAAGUUCCCAGGCACGGCCCAGAAGAACACGGUCUGUGAACCGGCUUCCCCAGGGCUCAGCCCUGCCUGUGCCAGCCCGGAGAACUGCAAGGAACCCUCCAGUGGCACCACCCCCCAGGCCAAGCCCACCCCGGUGCCCCCAGCAACCUCCAAUGCCAGCACCAUGCCUCUAAGAGGGGGCGCCCGCCUCGCCCAGGAAGCUGCUUCUAAACUGACGAGGGCUCCCGGCUCUCCCUCCUCUGUGGGAAGGCCUAGUUCAGAUCCAGGUCUGUCCCCAACGCAGCCGUGCCCACAGGGGUCUGGCGACUGCAGGAAGCAGUGUGAGCCUGACUACUACCUGGACGAGGCUGGUCGCUGCACGGCCUGCGUGAGCUGUUCUCGAGACGAUCUCGUGGAGAAGACGCCGUGUGCGUGGAACUCCUCCCGCGUCUGCGAAUGUCGACCUGGCAUGGUCUGUGCCACAUCAGCCACCAACUCCUGUGCCCGCUGUGUCCCCUACCCAAUCUGUGCAGCAGAGACAGUCACCAAGCCCCAGGAUAUGGCUGAGAAGGACACCACCUUUGAGGCGCCACCCCUGGGGACCCAGCCUGACUGCAGCCCCACCCCAGAGAAUGGCGAGGCGCCUGCCAGCACCAGCCCCACUCUGAGCUCCCUGGUGGACUCCCAGGCCAGUAAGACGCUGCCCAUCCCAACCAGCGCUCCCAUCGCUCUCUCCUCCACCGGGAAGCCCGUUCUGGAUGCAGGGCCAGUGCUCUUCUGGGUGAUCCUGGUGCUGGCUGUGGUGGUCGGCUCCAGCACCUUCCUCCUGUGCCACCGGAGGGCCUGCAGGAAGCGAAUUCGGCAGAAGCUCCACCUGUGCUACCUGGUCCAGACCUCCCGGCCCAAGCUAGAGCUUGUGGAUUCCAGACCCAGGAGGAGCUCAACGCAGCUCGGGAGUGGUGCGUUUGUGACAGAACCCAGUGCGGAAGAGCUGGGGUUAAUGAGCCGGCCACUGAAGGAGACCUGCCACAAUGAAGGGGCAGCCUGCCCAGAGAGCCUACUGCUGCGGGAUGCCAGCCCGGCCGGGGGCCCCUCGUCCCCCAGGGACCUUCCUGAGCCCCGGGUGUCCACGGAGCACACCAAUAACAGGAUUGAGAAAAUCUACAUCAUGAAGGCCGACACUGUGAUCGUGGGAACUGUGAAGGCGGAGCUGCCAGAGGGCCAGGGCCUGGCGGGGCCAGCGGAGGCCGAGUUGGAGGAGGAGCUGGAGGCGGACCAUGCCCCCCACUACCCCGAGCAGGAGACAGAGCCGCCUCUGGGCAGCUGCAGUGACGUCAUGCUGUCAGUGGAAGAGGAAGGGAAAGAAGACCCCUUGCCCACAGCUGCCUCUGGAAAGUGAGGCCUGGGCUGGGUUGGGGCUAGGAGGGCAGCAGGGUGGCCUCUGGGAGGCCAGGGUGGCACUGUUGGCACCAAGCUUGGGGGCAGAGGCCCAUCUGGCCUGAACUGAGGUUCCAGCAUCUAGUGAUGGACCGGCCUGUCAUUGCAGGGGGCUGGUGGUCUCUGCUUGUAUCCCCCACUUAGCUGUCCCCGACCCAGAGCCUAGGGGAUCCGGGGCUUGUACAGAAGAGACAGUCCAAGGGGACUGGAUCCCAGCAGUGAUGUUGGUUGAGGCAGCAGACAGGUGGCAGGAUGGGCACUGCCGAGAACAGCACUGGCCUCAGAGCCCUGGGCAUCAGACCCUCACCACCAGGCCCAGAGCCCACCGAGGGAGAGGCUGUGAGGCCGGCUCCCGGCGGCCCUGUAACCCUACCCUCCUCUCUCCCUGGACCUCAGAGGUGACACCCAUUGGGCCCUUCCGGCAUGCCCCCAGUUACUGUAAAUGUGGCCACCAGUGGGCAUGGAGCCAGUGCCCGUGGUUGUUUCUCCUGAGUCAAAAGGGAAGUCAAGGGAUGCGGCGUCGUCAGCUGGCACCGUCUCUGCUGCAGCAGCCGCACUGUGCUCUGCACUGGCGUGGGGGCCCCUGCCUGGGCUGCAGGACCCUCCUGGUGCUGCCCACCUUCUCUGUCCUGUAGCCCCUUGGUGGCCUAGGGCCCAGGAUCAAGUCACUCAUCUCUGAAUGUCCCCACCAAUCCCCACCACAGCAGGCGCCUGGGGUCCCAGAUGUCUGCAGCCCGCCGCAGCUGCAGACCUCCCCUCACCACCCCAGAGAACCUGCUUUACUUUGCCCGGGGACUUCCUCCCCACGUGAGCAUGGGGGACUUCCGGCCCUGCCUGGGGUCCUUGGCCACUCUCUGUGGGCCCCACCCGCUCUGUCCUGGGAAAUGAAGAAGCAUCUUCCUUAGAUCUGCCCUGCUUGCGAAUCCACUAGCACCGACCCCGCCAGCUGGUUCCGGCUCUGCACCCGUUGGGGUGCGGACGUCGAGAGGCACCACGGCCUCACCCAGGCAUCCGCUUUACUCUGGACUAUAGGAAACAAGACUGUUUGGAGGUUCCAUCAGGAUUUUGGGUGUUUCACAUUUCACACUAAGGAGUAAAGCGGCCGUGACUUCCAGUCGGCUGGCCAGCCUGCUGGCUCCCCAGGGCCUUCAGACGUGUAUGCAAAUAAGCGAUGGAUGAGGAUGAGUCCUGAAGUUGCGGGCAGCCUGGAGACUCGUGGACUUACCGCCUGGCCGCAGGCCCGGGAAAACUGCUGUUUACUCAUCGGCCAGCCACGUGCUCUCUGGAGGAAGUGGUAGUUUCUGAAACUGCUCAGAUGUUUUGGGGAAAGUUGGAGAAGCCAUGGCAUUGCGAGAGAUGGUUACACCAGAACCUGGACAUUGGCCAGCAGCUUAAGUGGGCAGACACUGUUUGUCCAGUGUUUGUGCAAGGAUGGAGUGGGUGUCUCUGCAUCCCCCGCAGCCGUGGCUGUAAGGCACACUGUGAGGCACACGCCUGCGAGGCAGAGCAGUCUGGCACCCGUGAUGGGAGGGAUUGACAUGUUUUAACAAAAUAAUGCACUUCCUCACCCAGUGGCCCUUCACACAACUUUUGAAUCCCUCAAAAUCUAUAAAAUCCUUCAAAACAAAGAACUGUAAGGCUGAGGACGUGAUCAUUGAAAUUGAGAGUAUAUUAUUAAUAGAACCCCUGAGUAUAUUAUUAAUAGAACCUCUGGGAGUCUCCCCGCAGAGCAGGGAUUCCCGCUGCACCCCCAGACACUACGGUGGCCAGUCUCUGGUGGAUUGGAUAUUUCUGGGGCUGGGAGCCCACUUCCUGCCGGGGCAGCCCUUCUCAUUGCUGGAAGAUUUUCCUUAUCACUUGAGGCGAAUUCUUUCUCCGUGUAAUUGCCACUCCCUAGUCCAAAGCCUGCCCUUUGAGGACACUCAGAAUAAAGCCACUGUUGGCCGGGUGUGGUGGCUCAUGC